AUGUGUUUCACGUCCUCGUUCUUAGUCUCCUUAACCACACAUGCUAGGGUGCCAUCCCCAGUGGUGCCAGUCCCUGGUGUUGGACAGGUGGGACAGGGGUUGCAGAACAGCUGGGGACUGGAGGAGGAUGAUGAAGAUGACUAUGAAGAGGAAAAAAAUGACAUCAAUGGUGACGAGCAAGUGGAAGAAGUGACAAAGAUGGACGUGGGCGAAGGAGAUGUGGUUGAGAUAUCAGACAGUGAAGAGGAGGAGGUGGUCAUACUAAACCCAGAGGUGCCAGAAAAACCAAAAAAUACAGGCUCCAAGUCUCACCAGAAGGGGGCAGCAGCAUCCAAGAAACGGCAGAGAAAACGAGGAAAGGCUGCAGAUGGAGAUUUGUUCCAAAACGUCAAAACAUUUUAUUAUAAACACUGA